AUGUAUUCGGAUAAAGAGUCGAGGUUACGAUGCGAAGAUGAAUGUGAAGAAGUUUAUCAUACAUUCUUCACUUACGGUGCCUGCGUUGACGAUAUCUACGGACGAUUUCCGCGAAAUGCACAGCCAGAUUGUAACCUAAGGUUUGUCGGUUUCAUAUUUAAAAUCGAAAAAGCCAAAAAAAGGUCUCCUUUAUAA